AUGUCUGACGCUCGUAGCCUUCUGAGAGCUCACAAGGCUCAAGCCGGUACCUCCCAGCAAGUACAAGAUCCGCAUGCGACCACAACAGCAAAGGGCGAAUUGCGUUGUUCAAUCUGCGUCGUGUCUGUGAAACAUUGGUCAGCGCAUACAGCGAGCAAGCAGCACAGGACGUCGCUUCAGCGAGUCAAGGCAGAAGAAGACAAGGCGGCUGCCAAAGCGGCCAAACGGCGCAAACCAGACCCUGUGUCUACACAAGAUGUGAUGGAGGAAGGACCAGCUGCAGUCUCAGGAAAUGAUCCAGACGAUGAAGAGCGGCAGACGAAGCGAUCGAAAGUAGACGGGUUGAAUACCUCUGGCCAAGCGGCUCCAGCUCCGACAAUAGUCAAUGACGAACUGGACUCCUUCCUGUCGUCGAUCGCUGGCAUCGCAGCAGAUCCCGGUCCUCCCUCAGCGUCUGGCUCAAUCCCGAAGCCUGUCGCGAAGAAGGCCUACAAGCCGUCUCAACCUGAAGCACAGACACUUUACGAGGCUGCUCCCACUCUAUUCGUUCCCGAUAACGGUUCUACCAUCACUGCUGCACCUACCUCUGCUAGCAAUCCUUUUGCGGGUCGUCUGACGGCACAGACGGAGGGACCCGUCUUGCCUGACGCUGGUGUGGUAGAACCGGAGGAAGAGGAAGAAACCGAAGCCGAGAGAUAUGCGCGAGCUCAGAGGGAGGAGAGGGAGGAGAUCAUCGAUCGAUUAGAGGAAGAAACCCGUGCACAGGAAGACGCGGACGACAGGGUGCAAACCUUGAAAGCCAAGCUCGAGGCUGUCAAGCGUCAGAGACGUGAACGCCUGGCCAAAAAGCAGCAAUGA